GCCAGAAACACUCACUCCAACUGUUUACCUUCUAUUAAACAUUAAACCAUUUCAUCUGGGUCGAUGCAGUCUCUCCAGAAAAGCUUGAAACUACAUUUAUACCAGGAAGGAAACUGAAUCAGCAAACAAGGAAUUACUUUGAUUAACUUUAAACGUCCAGUUCGACUUCUACGUCACAGUUUACUUUAUUCAACCAUCCGUACGGGACAACGGAGAGCUGAAUCCUCUGUGGCCGCUGUGAUGAGGCAACUAAAGUAAAUCUGAUUAAAUGUACAAUUCAACCACAAUGAACAAAAGGAAAACAGGAUUUGAGAGUAAAAGAAAGGAUAAUAAAGAGUAAGGGCCAAACAGGAAGAGGUGACCUUUCUGACUGUGUGAAGCUGUCUCUGGUCUGCAGGUCAUGGUCCUUGGCUGAUAUCUGGCCCGUUGCCUGGGGGGUGGGUCCCCUCCUCGGUGCUGGCCGGUCUUGUUGCCAGAACUCUGUGUGGGCUGCCCGGCUAACGAGGAGACUGGAAUCUGGGCUUGGACUGAUGCUGGGUUGUGUCUAAUCGUUUGUCCUUUAGCCUUCACUGGUUCAUCAGUCUGGGUCUGAGGUCUCAAUGUUACUUUGUUUUGUCCUUCUCCACAGUCCUUCCUGGUGGGUUCUGGCUUGGUUCAGGAACAUUUGUGCUGUUUCUGUCCCACAUGUAGCCCACAUGUAAACUGUCACAGCAACCUGCACCCUUUGCCUGCCAGCAGACCCUGUCUUUAUGUACUGGACUGCCUUUGGGAGAUAAUUGCUGCAUUUCUGGGUCUGUGUGAUCCGGUAAAUCAGUCUUUUGCAGAACUUCACUAAGUUCGGAGUCUGGGGGCUGGUUGGUGCAAAAGAUUUUCUCUUUGGGGACAAUAAAGUCCAAAGUAUAACCUUUAUCUAACCAGGCAAAAGACCCACUGAGACCGAGACCAGUGGGCGGUCUCAGGGUGGCGGGCUAAAAUAUUCCAGCUGCAAGCAGCACUGAUGCAGGGAUGUUAAGGUUAGACCCAUUUCAACAACAAGGAACACUAGAAGUUUGACAAAUACCAAACUCUUAAAUAACAAGGUUGACCAAAGUCAUGUUCUCAGUGGUGUCAACUAGAGGACUUAAAGCAGUUUCAGAAGGUUUGAGGGACCAUAGAGAAAUAUUCCCAGAUGAAAAAGAUAUUGUCUGCACCCAUAAACAUUUAUUAAACCAGUCUUCUCUGUCUCAAGCUGCAGACAUGUCGGCUGCCAGCUGCCAUCUCUCUGAAGAUCAGUUUCUGUGCUCCAUCUGUUUGGACUUGUUCACUGAUCCCGUCACCACACCAUGUGGGCACAACUUCUGCAAGAACUGCAUCGCUCAACACUGGGAUGUCAAUGAAAGCUGCCAGUGUCCAAUGUGUAAGAAGCACUUCAGUGCAAGACCUCAACUGGAGGUCAACACCUUGCUGUCUGAGAUGGUGGCUCAGUUCAGACGUGAAGCUCAGCAGGAAGCCAGCAGCAGCUGCAGCUCAGAGCAGCAAGCUGCCAAAGCAGGAGAAGUUCCCUGUGACGUCUGCACAGGAACCAAGCUGAAGGCCCUGAAGUCCUGCCUGGUGUGUCUGCUCUCCUACUGCCAGACUCACCUGGAGCCUCAUCUUACAGCUCCACGGCUGAAGAAACAUCAGCUGACGGAGCCUCUGGAGAACCUGGAGGACAGGAUGUGUCUGCAGCACGAUAAACCUCUGGAGCUGUUCUGCAAGACCGACCAGACAUGUGUCUGCUCCCUCUGCUCUAUUUUAGACCACAAGAACCACGAGUUUGUUCCUCUGAGAGAAGAAUCUGAAGGAAAGAAGGCAGAGCUGAAGAAGACAGAGGCUGAAGUUCAGAAGAUGAUCCAGGACAGAUGCCUAAAGAUCCAGGAGAUCAAAGAGUCGGUGAAGAGGAGUAAAGAUGCUGCAGACAGAGAGAAAGCAGAAGGUGUUCAGGUCUUCACUGCUCUGAAGGAGGCUGCUGAGAAAGGCCUGAAGGAGCUCGUCAAAAAGAUUGAAGACAAACAGAAAACUGCAGAGAAACAGGCUGAAGACUUCAUCAGAUAUCUGCAGCAGGAAAUAUCUGAACUGACGAAGAGGAGCUCUGAGAUGAAGCAGCUCUCACAGUCUGAGGACCACGUCCACGUCCUUCAAAACUACUCCUCCCUAGAAGUUGCUCCACCCACCAAGAACUGGGCACAUGUCAGAGUCCAUCCAGCCUGCUAUGAUGGGACUGUGGUGAGAGCUGCUGCUCAGCUCCAGGAGAUCCUCUUUAAGAUAAAUGUGAUGUUUGAGAUGGAUCUGCAGAGGGUCCAGCAGCAUGCAACAGACGUGACCCUUGAUCCUGAAACCGCUCAUCCUCAUCUCUCGCUGUCCCCUGAUGGAAAACAAGUGAGGCAUGGUGAUUUGAAGACUCUUCCCAACAACUCAAAAAGGUUUUUUGUAUCUGUCAACGUGUUGGGAAAGCAGAGUUUCUCCUUCGGCAGGUUUUACUUUGAGGUUUGGGUUAAAGAGAAGAGUCACUGGACUGUAGGGGUCGCUGCAGAGUCGGUUGACAGGAAGGUAAAAACUCAGCCGAGUCCUCAGAACGGUUACUGGACUGUCGGGCUGAGGAAGAAUACCUACAAGGCUCUUUCUAACCCCCCAGUCAACCUAUCUCUUCUGUAUUCUCUGCAGAAGGUGGGGGUGUUUGUGGAUUAUGACCAGGGUGUUGUCUCCUUUUAUGACGUUUUCGCUAAAACUCUAAUUUACUCAUUCACUGACUGCAGCUUCACCCAGAAACUCCACCCGUUCUUCAGCCCAGGUCCUAAUUAUGGCGGUGGAAACUCUGCACCUCUGAUGAUUCUUCCUGUUAGUAAAACCACCUAGGUCAGGAACUUCUAGAUGCUGCUGAAGCUGAUUAAAGAGAGUCAUUAUCCACAGUGAAACCGGUCCAGGGCCAGCACGGUACCAGAUAAUAAACAGGAUUAAGGAUAUGGGGGAAAUUAGCAUAACUGGGUUAAACUUGGAACACUAGAUAGCAGCAAAGCGUUUCCAGGGUGAUCUUUGAUAGAAGUGUUGGUGUACGUUAGGGAUAUCUGAUAAAUCGCGUUGUAAAUUAUACCUUAGUUAUUUGAACAUGGUGUGAUGAUUUGCCAAUAAUAUGAUCUUAAUUGUGGUAAAAUGUAUUUGUAUUAUCCUGAAGUUCAGAUGGUGAUUGGUCGGAGGACCUUCCAGUGAGAUGCUUUUGGCUCAAGCUCAAGAAAUUGUGGUCAAUGUUUAAUAAAAGCGAGUUCCUGCGACAAACA